UUCAUUCAGUUCCCCUCCCACCGCUACGGUAUCCACCAUGGUGAUAUUGUUCCAGAGAUUUGGAGAGCACGAAGAUGAGGAUGGCCACAGUCAACGCAGCGAGGACAGUGCGGCUUCGCCCAUAACCAGCCGUAACCAGAAAUCAAAUGUCAGCAGCGAGAAAAUCUCAACUGCAAAGGCUCCAGAAGAAGCGUUUCACGAUGAUGUGCAUCAUGAGACGGCGGCUUAUCGAGAGCUCUUGGCAUCGACUCAUUGGGUUCACAAGCUUCAGUGCAGCGUGCCCCGACUCUAUUUUAUUGCCACUCAGCUGAUAUUUCCAUUGCUCAUCUUGAUUGGCAUGUCGUUUCUGUUUGGAUAUGGAUUAGCUACAAUGGAAAAGGGAGGCGAGAUUGAAGCGAAUGACAAGGCUGUGAAGGAUAAUCUCAUGAAAUAUCUUACGCACAUUGAUGACCGAAUUUCCAUAUGGCUUGCAAUGAAAUACUCUGCGUCUCAGUGCUUCGCAAACCUUACCGACGUCCACGAAAAUGUAACAGUCUUGGAGCAAAGCUUUCCAGACGUCAAUUUCACGGAUGAGCUUGGCGGUUGUGGAUUCUUCCAGGGCUUGGAGCAGUUCGACGUUAUGGAACCCAUUGACUUUUUUGCACUGGCUGGGUCUGAAUUGAGCCUUACGUUUAACUGGAUGGAAUGCGCGCACAGCGUUGAGAACACCGAUACCAGCAGUGUGAAUUAUACCGACGAAACGUUUGAGCGGCUAGAACUGAACCAAGAGGACGCGCACGAUCGAGAGUUUUUGGCAUACGCCAUCAAUUAUAUGGAACAAUUUUUUGAGGCUGCAUCCGACGUGGAGGAUCCCUUCGGCGACAAGGAUGCCCUGAGGAAGGCUACCCAGGGAAUCACCGGGUCCCAUGGAUGCAAAGUUCAUGCAGCUGCUGGAGCUUUGUUCUGGUUUACAAUCAUGACAACAAUUGGCUAUGGUAACACUGCACCUACAACGGAUGAGGGCCGGUUACUAGUGUACACAUGUGGAUUUGUGACAAUCAUUGGUUUCUUGGCACUAAACAACUCUGCUUCAAACGUUUGGAAGAUUCUCGUGGAUGACCUGUUUCUUCGGUUGAAAUUGAAACGCCUUGUCAAGGGACCACUUUCUGUCCUGUUCUGGUUAUGCACAACAAUCUUGUGGAUGCUCGUGUUGGCGCUGGCAAUGCAAAAGUACCGAAGGAACCGACUUGCCGAGGACUUUUCCCUUAAAGAUGCGUUCUGGUUCAGCUACAUUACAACCACCACUGUUGGGUUUGGAGACAUUCAUAUUUCGCAUGAAGAAUUCAAAGUGGGUGAUAUGUUCUUCAUUCCAUUGAUUGUCCUGAUGGGUUUCAAUUUCCUGGGAAUCUUUGCAGAGAAGCUCGUUGAUUUGUACAAUGAGUACUUCCCAUCAGGGACUGCUGGGUUCGGAACGAUACUAGCAGCACAAAGAGGUGACAUUCCUCACCACAACCAUCAUCAUCAUCAUCAUGACAAUUCACGACAACAGAGGGGCACAGGAGAUACCGGUAUGGAAAGGCCGUACCAGUAUCAUGUUUGGAAUGGCAUGGCGCUCAACAUGGAGUUCGAAGCCGAGGCAGCCUGCUAGCUAGCUACCAGCUCCAAAAUAUGCGCUACUACGGCAAUAACCUGUAAGUAUCACUGCUAAAAUCAAUCUUACGUGUAAUCUACCAGUAGUACCCGUCUCUUUCGUUGUGUUCACAAUAAUGCACCAUACACACCGGGCCAUAAACUUUCCAAGACCCGUGGGCGAGCAGGCUACAAGGGAUCCGAUGCCAGCAACUAGCCAACCUUUGGAUCACCA